AUGUCAGGCAAUGACCGCGAACAAGUCUUUCCAACGCGCCAAUCCCUCGGCCUAAUGAAAUCCAAGCUCAAAGGCGCCCAAACAGGCCACGAUCUCCUCAAACGCAAAUCCGAAGCCCUAACCAAACGUUUCCGCGAAAUCACCAAGCGCAUCGACGACGCCAAACGCAAAAUGGGCCGCGUCAUGCAAAUCGCCGCCUUCUCCCUCGCCGAAGUCACCUAUGCCGUGGGUUCCAAUUCCGUGGCCUAUCAAAUCACGGAGAGUGCCAGGAGUGCCAAGUUUCGGGUUAGGACCAAGCAGGAGAAUGUCAGUGGUGUGUUUCUACCGGCUUUUGAGAGUUUUCAAUUGGAGGGGACGAGUGAAUUUGGGAUGACGGGGUUGGGGAAGGGCGGGCAGCAGGUGCAGAAGUGUAGGGAGACUUAUACGAGAGCUGUGGAGACUUUGGUGGAAUUGGCUAGUUUGCAGACUGCGUUUGUUAUUUUGGAUGAGGUUAUCAAGGUUGUGAAUCGGAGAGUUAAUGCCAUCGAACACGUCAUUAUCCCCCGAACGGAGAACACGAUCAAGUACAUCAACACGGAAUUGGAUGAAUUGGACCGAGAGGACUUUGUGCGACUGAAGAAAGUCAAGGGUUUCAAGGAAAAGGCCGCGGCGGAAGAGGAGCUGUUGCGCAAGAAGAAAGCCGCCAAGGAAAUGGCUGUCGAGGCUGAGGCUGAUAAGGAGAAUGAUGGGGGAGAGUCGAAGAAUAUGCUGGAAGAGGGAGAAAAGGAUGAGGAUGUCAUCUUUUAG